AUGAAGCCAACUUUCUUACCCCUAAUAUUUGGCACAUUUCUGGCUGUCCCUCUCUUCGCGGCUCCCGUAAGACAGUCGCCUGAAAUACCGGACUUACCUCGACUAGUGCUCUACUACCAGACAACGCAUGACCCGUUCGGUCGCCCGAUAUCCAUAUUGCCCCUCGUCACAGAGAAGCACAUCGCCCUGACGCACCUCAUCGUUUGCUCCUUCCAUAUCAACUAUGGCGGCAUCGUCCACCUCAACGACCAUCCGCCUCAGUCACCACUGUUCUACACACUUUGGAACGAGACCCGCGUCAUGCAGGCUGCUGGAGUCAAGGUGAUGGGCAUGGUGGGCGGUGCAACGCCGGGCGCCUUUACUCGGUCCACCCUUGACAGCGCCGACGUUCAAACUUUCGACGGCUACUACAGCCAACUGCGCAACGUAAUCGCAGCCUAUCGACUCGACGGUCUGGACAUUGACGUGGAACAGCGGAUGAGCCAGAAGGGGAUCACGAGGCUGGUCCGGCGGCUGCGACAGGACUUUGGGCCUGAUUUCAUCAUCACGCAAGCACCCGCCGCAUCGGCCCUGCUGCGCUCAGACGGCGCCCUAAGCGGGUUUAGCUACCAACAACUAGAGAACGAGGUUGGCGCGGACAUCGCCUUUUACAACACACAAUUCUACAACGGGCUGGGCAGCAUGGUCGGUGCGGACACGUUCGAGAGCAUUGUCGAUGCCGGCUGGCCGCCCACCAAGAUUGUGGCUGGACAGCUUACCUCGCCCGCAAAUGGCGGCGGUUUCGUGCCGCACGAGCAGCUGAACAAGACCAUCACGGAGUUGCGAGACAGGUACGGCGAGAUUGGCGGCAUAAUGGGUUGGGAGUACUUCAACAGCGCACCAGGUGGGCGCGCCCGUCCUUGGGAGUGGGCACAGAUUAUGACGGCAAUUCUGAGGCCAAAUAGCGUCCCCGUCCUGACAGUCUCAGAUGCGACUGCCAGAUCGCUGCUCCAAGCGUGGAAAGCGAGCACGUUUUCAGGAGCGGCCGAAAACCAACCAGACCGCGAGACAAACUCAGGUCCAAGCGUUGAUUACAUGGCCAUGGUCGUUGGCUAAACAGACGCAAAGUUGAGAUGGUCAAUUGAGUCACUAGAAUUGAUGGUGUGCCAGAUGCCUUG